AUCAGUUCUUUAAAACAGCAUUUUCUUGCCUAGUAAUAGCUCUAGUGAUAGAUUCAUAUUGAAGAACUAUAAAUUCUGAGUAAUGGAAAGUCGAAAAUUUACGAAACCAUUUUCUUAAUCUCGUUUCCUAAUUGGCUUCUAUAUUAUGUUCAAAAGAUAGUCUUUAUUAUAUAUUUCCUUGAUAAUUUUUUCACGCUGUCGUAUCUUUCUUUGCUUCUACCUGUCAAAUCAUUUGAAAAUGAAUAUUCAUUCGUAAAAUGCUUGAAAAUUUUGAAUUAUAGGUACCUUUUCUGAAUAAUUUUGUUAGCUGCAGUAGAUAUCCUUGGUUUUAACGCCUAUCAUAAUGGAGAAAACCUGAACUCAAGGUCGACCAUGCAAUGUACGAACGUUUGUAUUGGAAUUGGGCAAUUAAUCAUAAAUUACGGAGAUCGAUACCUUUAUUUACACUUCUGGAAAAAACUGUAAUUUUCUGGAAACUUGACCGCUUUCAGGAACGUAUAAUUGGUGACACAGUAAAGGUGUAGGUCACGAAAAGUGAGACUAUAUUUCAAAUUUGUCCGGACCAUCUCGAAGAAACACAGAAAAAGUUCCGUCAAAUAUAAUGUGAAAGUUUAUUCAUGUCAUAACGGAGCAGAAUCGUUAUUCCAAAAGAAGACGUAUUACCUCUGGGCUGGUAAAAAAACAAAUCUGCUAUUCGUCCGGCUGAAGACUAUCGAUGAUCAUGAACAGUGACAACUUCAACAUCAGCCUGAUCGAAGGAAUACCCAGGAACAACUCAAGAAGAAGAAGCGUCUACUUGGAAGGAACCCAACCGUUCUACCAGAAGUCUGGGAAAAAUCCGAACCCCGUCAUCAAGGUGGCUCCCUACGAUCCAAGCGGGCCUGGAGGCCCGGUCAGGGCCUUCCACGAUUCAAGAGAACUUGACAGCGUCUUCUUCAACUCCAUCAAACCGAUGGUUUACCUUCUGAAGGCGGUAGGAAUUUUUCCUAUAGGAAAUACUGGCUGCGUUUUCCAGACCACACCCCAACUUCUGAUUUACUCCAUCGCUGUAUUCGUCGUCAUCUUCGCCUACAUUUGCUACAUCAGAUGGGACAAGGUGGAAAUGGUUCGUUCUGCCGAAGGCCGCUUCGAAGAAGCUGUCAUUGACUACCUCUUCACGGUUUAUUUGGUGCCCAUAGUGAUCAACCCGAUAGCGUGGUACGAGGCGAAGAAACAAGCCAGAGUUCUGACCAACUUGGUGGCCUUCGAGAAAUUAUACCAGAAGGUGACGAAGAACAAAUUCCCGCUUCUUCUCGGCAACAAAUCUCUCAUUAUCGCCAUAGGUUUGCCGGUUUUGGCCACCGUCACGAUGGUCGUCACGCAUUUGACGAUGGUCCAUUUCAAAUUUCUGCAGGUCGUUCCGUACUGCUACAUCAACAUGAUCACAUACCUAGUAGGCGGCGCCUGGUACCUCUACUGCGACCUCCUCGGCAACAUAGCGCUAACGGUGGCGAAGGACUUCAAGCAGACCCUAAAGAACAUUGGUCCUUCGAGCCGGAUAGCGGAUUAUCGCUCGCUGUGGAUGAUGCUCAGCAGACUGAUAAGAGACGUUGGAAACGCCUUCGGAUACACCGUCACGUUCCUCUGUCUGUACCUCUUCCUCAUCAUAACGCUGACUAUUUACGGGCUGAUGUCUCAGAUGCAGGAGGGACUGGGAAUCAAGGACGUAGGGCUUACUAUCACGGCGGUCUUUGCUACGGCUACUCUGUUUUUCAUAUGCGAUGAGGCUCAUUACGGAUCCAACUGUGUGAAAGUUCAAUUCCAGAAAAGACUGCUGCUCGUCGAAUUAAACUGGAUGAACGAUGAUGCCCAGCAAGAGAUCAACAUGUUUCUGAGAGCAACUGAGAUGAAUCCUACGGAUAUGAGUUUGGGUGGCUUUUUCGAUGUGAACAGAAAUUUAUUCAAAUCUUUAAUUGCCACAAUGGUGACGUACCUGGUGGUGCUGCUCCAGUUCCAGAUCAGCAUUCCAGAAGAUGGAUCUGCGUCGGGAAGCGCUUCCUCCAAUGAUAAUAAUUCGACAAAAAUUUUACGAUGAGUUUGUACAUCCAUGAAAUAUAAAGUGUCUUCAGCGGGUCAUUUGUUCAGAAUAUC